AUGACGCUCUCCUCCAGGUUUGCAAACAAUGAGAGGGUUCCAAUAUGGGCAGGAUCCAGCAAGAUUCGAAACGUGUGGUUGGACACAAUGUUAAGAGGAGGAAAGUACGAAACGAAAGAAGAAAGAGCACCCUACACGCCACAGCCACUUGGCCUGUACAACCUGAAGCAUAUUACUGCACCUGAAUCUGUUGUCGGACAACUUUACUCAAAACCUCCUCUGAUUGAGGUCAUAAUCUGCUAUGAAAAGGAGAGCGGCCGCAAGGACAGCAGCAAAUCUAGCACAGGAAAAAACAGCACCAAAGGAGACACUAGCCAAAAGGCCGCAGGCAGUUCAAAAGAAGCCAAGACCAGCACGAAUUCAGCCUCGGACCGAAUAUGCAAGGUGUGCAGCUGCAUCAAGGCUUCCGAAUUGCAUGCAGACACGUGCCCUUACAGAUGA